AUGUCUGGAAGAGGAAAGGGCAGUGGGAAAGCUCGCUCCAAGGCGAAGUCUCGGUCGUCCCGGGCUGGCCUGCAGUUCCCGGUGGGCCGUGUUCACAGGCUCCUGAGAAAGGGUAACUAUGCUGAGCGUGUGGGUGCCGGAGCGCCGGACUAUCUGGCUGCGGUGCUGGAGUAUCUGACGGCUGAGAUCCUGGAGCUGGCCGGCAACGCGGCCCGGGACAACAAGAAGACCCGCAUCAUCCCCAGGCACCUGCAGCUGGCCGUGCGCAACGACGAGGAGCUCAACAAGCUGCUGGGAGGGGUGACCAUCGCUCAGGGCGGGGUGCUGCCUAAUAUCCAGGCCGUGCUACUGCCCAAGAAAUCUGCCGCUUCUGGAUCUGCUAAAAAGUGAAGAGAGUAUUCUUGAAUCUGACAACCCAAAGGCUCUUUUAAGAGCCACUCACAGCAUCUGUAAAAGGAGCUACACUGUCAUCUCUGUCAGGUUUAUUUUACUUUUAACGUGGAUAAGCUUGAACUUUGAACCUGAGAUCGGUCAAUUACUAUUGCCUUGUUGUUGAAUACUUGUGGUUUGGAGAUACUGAUGUUGGACUGGGGUGUAUAAAAUUAAAAACCAGGUUUAUUUGUAUGCACUAGUUUUCAUCACGUGCUUGUAGAAUGUAAGAUCGUAAGGUUCCGUAAUUUAGACACUGUCCCCAUGACUUGUCCUACCUGCCUAUCUUCUUUUCC